GAUCCGACAAAAAACCAUUUUACUAAAAUGUCAUGAGGUUAACAUACUAGAAAUAGCCGAAAAAAUGAUGCGUUUUUCCCGAAAAUCAAUCCAGUUACUGAGUAACAUUAUUAGAAAUAAUCCAGAAUUAGUUUAUAAGUGCAACCAGCAUAAUUGCUCACUGAUAAAAAUUAAUAUUUCCUAUAAUUUCAUUCAAUGUCUUUCCUACUCUCAAGCCCCAAAAUCUAAUUUACCCUUAGGAAGUCUCUUAAAAGAAGACAAUGAAAAGAAUCAGGAGGAUAAGGAGGAGGAAGAAAGAAGGAAACAACGGGAAAACUCGUGGAGAACCAUGAAAAUUACCUUAGCUAUAUUCGGAGUUUCAUUCUCAUGUUUGGGCGGCUAUAUGGUGUUUACAUUGGGCGCUCCUGAAAAAGACCUCCACGGAGAGCCAAUCCGGGAUGAUCUUGUCGAUAAACCUGUAAUUCUACAAUACCUAAUUAGAACGUACAGAGAACUCGACUAUUACAAGAGACUAAUUAAGGAACCAUCGAGAGAAAAAUUGUUACCCGAUCCUUUGGAAUACCCGUAUUUACAACCAAAAUAUACUUUAGUAUUGGAGUUAACUGACGUCCUCGUACACCCCGAUUGGACCUACAGCACCGGUUGGAGGUUCAAAAAGCGCCCUAUGCUGGAGUACUUCUUAGAAAGCCUACACGGUUCUUAUGAAAUCGUCAUUUACACUGCUGAACAAGGCAUGACAGUGUUCCCACUGAUAGACGCCAUAGACCCGAAAAAUAUAAUAGCUUACAAGUUAGUACGCGAUGCCACGCACUUUUCCGGUGGUCAUCACGUGAAAAGUCUGAACAACCUGAACAGAGAUUUAUCCAAAGUUAUUUGCAUAGAUUGGAACGCCAAGAACGUUAAAUUCAAUCCGGAGAAUCUGUUGAAUGUUAAACGAUGGGGCGGUAACGAUGAUGACGCUUCAUUGGUGGAUCUGGCAGCUCUGCUGAAGACCAUUGCGGAUAACGAGGUGGAAGAUGUAAGGGAGGUGUUGAGACAUUACAGCACCUACGAUGAUCCCAUUGCUGCAUUUAGAGAGAAACAGAAGCGUCUUUUAGAAGAGCUGGAGGCCCAAGCGCAAGCUAGGAAGGAACAAACUGCUUCGAAAACAUCGAGAUGGGCGCCUAGUAUUUUUAAUAGGAAACCAUUUUAGUAGGUAAUAGGUUGUGGUUACGCAGCUGCAUUGUUUUUUUUGAUAAUUUAUGAAACCGGUUCUGAAUUUGUACAUAUUUUUUAUAGAAAUUUUAGUUUUCCGCUAAUCUGGUUUUUCAUCUUUGUGAAAUGAGAUGCUUUAAUGAAUGUUAUUUUACUUUCUUCAGAUGAACUGACUAUUCUCCAAAAUUAAGGAUGUAAUGUUAACUAUUUGCACAUUCUUUAUGUUAAAAAGGUGAAAAAACUGAUUCUAGAAAGUAAAACGCUUAGACUGUUAUAGCCAUUUUUUAAAUAAAG